AUGUCUUCACAACAGCAGAGCCAACAACCUUCCAUUGCAGCGGAUCCUGAUGUAGUGGGAAACCUGGAGAACGACAACGACUCAUCCGCUGAUGUCGAAAGUCUUCGCGAAUCCACAGCAUCCCUGCGGUCUAGCAUUCUCGAAUAUCGUAACAUCAACGGCCGCCAUUUUCAGUCGUCGAAAACGACCGACUACUGGGCACCAACUGAUGAGAAACACAUUGAGGGGUUUGACCUUGCGUAUGACACCCUGCAUAACCUACCCAUGAAUAAUCAAAAAGCACUCGCUAACCACAACAGCCACCAAUACAUGUUGCUCUUGAUGGACAACAAGCUUUACAAUGCCCCUAUUGGCAACAAUCCUCAAAGAAUUCUUGAUAUUGGCACAGGCACAGGAAUCUGGGCCAUCGACAUGGCUGAAGAGUUUCCUUCUGCCGAGGUGCUCGGCACCGACAUCUCGGCUGUCCAGCCUAGUUGGCUCCCGCCAAAUUGCAAGUUCGAGAUUGAUGACGCGCAGCUAGACUGGACAUUUCCCGUGAACCACUUCUCCUACAUCCACGCGCGCCACCUUUACGGCGGCAUUGAUGACUGGCCCAAGCUGUACCGUCAGGCCUUCACCCACUGUGCCCCGGGUGGCUGGUUCGAGAACGUCGAGAUCGAGCUCACUACGCGUACGGAAAACCCGCGCUACACUCUCGGCCCAGACCAUGUUUUCACUCAAUGGCGAGACCUGUUCUUUGCUGCUGGCGACAAGAUAGGGCGCACGUUCCGCAUAGCUGAGAACAACCGCAUGGAGCGCGACAUGCGCGACGCUGGGUUUGUUGACAUCGUGACACAUCAGUGGAAGGUCCCUAUUGGUGGGUGGGCAAGCGACCCGAAACUAAAGAAGGUCGGCCUUUUCAACGGGUUGUUCAUUGAUCAGUCAAUCGAUGGUUUCGUUAUUUUCCCUAUUGGUGAGAUUCUUGGUUGGUCAUUUGACGAAGUCACAGUUCUUGUGGCGAACAUGAGGGCCGCCCUUCGCGACCCCAAAGCGUUGCCAUAUUACAAUCUGCACAUGGUGUAUGGUCGGAAGCCAGGCAAUGCCGUGUCGCCGCCGCUUUCGCCCCAGAAGAGUCCGAGUCCGCCGGCAUAG